UGUGGGAGGGAGCUCUAUGCCCAGGGCAGGCUGCAAGUCGGCUGGCUCCUGGACAAAGGGCACUAGGGGCCCAGAGCCAGCCCAGAUCUGCACUGUGGUCUUCAUAGGCCUCCUGUUCACAAGAUUCUGGUUAUUCAGUGUCCUGUAUGCUAUCUGGUGGUACCUGGACCGAGACAAGCCAUGGCAGGGGGGCAGGCGAAGCCAGGCCAUAAGGCGCUGGGUCAUCUGGAAGCACAUGAGGGACUAUUUCCCCAUCUCGCUGGUCAAGACCGCGGAGCUGGACCCCUCCCAGAACUACCUUGCUGGCUUCCACCCCCACGGGGUCCUGGUCACUGGAGCCUUUGUCAAUCUGUGCACUGAGAGCACGGGCUUCCCUUCGCUCUUCCCGGGCAUCCGUCCUCAUCUGAUGAUGCUGCCCUUGUGGUUCCGGACCCCCUUCUUCAGGGACUACAUCAUGUCGGCAGGGCUGGUCACAUCAGACAAGGAGAGCGCUGAUUACAUUCUGAACAGGAAGGACGGUGGCAACCUGCUGGCUAUUGUUGUAGGGGGUGCCCAGGAGGCACUGAACGCGAGGCCUGGAGCCUACAAGCUAUUGCUGCGGAACCGCAAGGGCUUCGUGAAGCUUGCCCUGCUGCACGGGGCAGCUCUGGUGCCGAUCUUCUCCUUUGGGGAGAAUGACCUAUUUCACCAGGUUGAGAACUUGCCUGGCUCCUGGUUGCGCAGAAUCCAGAACAAGCUGCAGAAGAUCAUGGGUUUCUCCCUCCCGCUCAUCCGUGGCCGUGGUGUCUUCCAGUACAGCUUUGGUUUUAUGCCCUACCGCCGGCCCAUCACCACUGUGGUGGGGAAGCCCAUCGCGGUGCAGAAGACACUGGAGCCCUCAAAGGAGGAGGUGGACAGGCUGCACCAGCGCUACAUCAAGGAGCUGUGCGACCUCUUUGAAGCCCACAAGCUCAAGUACAAUGUCCCCAUCGACCAACACCUGGAGUUCUGCUGAGCGCCUCCCCAGAGGAGGGGCUGCCCAAAGGGUAGGGCUGGCAUUAGGGAGCCCAGCGGGAGGUGCCGUGAUCUGGGAAGGCUUCCUGGAGGCAUCUGUUGAGCGUAUCUCCAGAGCCUUCCCAGACUCCUAUGAAUCCGACCCGUGCCAGGCCCCAAGUCACAGUCAGCAACGUGGCCGAGGAGACCAGACUCCGGCACUGGUGAUUUGCAUUCCUGCUAUGAAACCUCUGCGAUUCUUCCUCUUCUUGGUCUGCUCAUAUGUGAAACGGGAGAGAGGGCUGGAAGAGAAUGAUUUCUGAGGUCUCUGUCCUCUGUUGUAAUGUCACUCAACGGGCAG